CGAGUGGGAUAAGUCAGGCAAUAUUCGUUCCUUUCCCUCUCGGCCCUCGAUUCCUUCCUCACCGCGAAUUCUUUCCCCCGAUCUCUGUCAAUCUUCCGGCGAUUAGGGCCAGGGUUUCUGUCUCUCCACAAACCCUAGAGGAUCUCGCCCCUUCGAGAUCCCUUCCUUCUCCACCGCCAUGGAGGGCUCUGCGGAGGAACCCGGAGAGUGGGAGCUGGCGGAUUUGGACGACAGCAUGUUCCGGCUGAUGCUCUCCUCUAAGAAGAGCUCCGAUUCUUCGACUCCGCCGCCGUCGAUGGCGGUGGAUUUCGCCGAGGAGGCGCCUCCGCCGCCAGAUUCCGUUGCCUCGUCCUCCUUUUCUUCUGGUUUAGCCGAGCGCCGAAGGGGGCCGUCGGAAGAGGUAUUGAGCCAAGUUGAUCAGUUUCUCAGAGAGGCUUUGGAGAAACCGCGGGAACGGCUUUCGAUUUUGCGGAUGGAACAAGAUGUAGAGAAGUUCAUCCGCGAUCCUACUCAACAGGAGCUGGAGUUUAAGGACCUUCCAACUUCAUAUCUACGAUUGGCAGCACACCGUCUGGCCCAACAUUAUUACCUGCAAUCAAUUGCCAUGUCAGACACCAUUAUGCCUGAUGGAUCUGGUUCUCGAAUUGUGCUUCGCAAAACUUCUGAUUGUCGAUUUCCUCCAGUUAGGCUUGCAGAUAUUCCUGUCAAUUUGCCACAGGAAGAUGCCAAUAAUGUCAUUAAGGUUGCAAUCAAGCGGAGGCCACAAAAAGAUUCCUCAGUUAUUACCAGUGGAAAUACCUGUUCUUCUAAGACAAACCUUACAAAAAGUGUUGAACAAAGAAAAGAGGAGUAUAACAAGGCACGAGCUCGAAUAUUUAACAAUAAUGGUGGUGGUGUUGGAAUGGCAAAAACAGAAGGUGAAGCAAACUUGCAAGAUAGCUUCCAACAACGCUCCUCAGAAUCAGUAAGAUCAGAUGGAAAACCUACAGUUGAACAAUCUGAAACUAAUGCUGGAAGGGCUUUCAGUGACUUGUCUAUAGGUAGCAAUAGAUCAAACAGAAAUAGGGCAGAUAAAGAGCCCGCUGUCAGUAGAUACAGAACUAGCAAUAGAGUGGCCAUUUUCCGUGAUCGCGAGGUGGAUCGCAAGGAUCCUGACUAUGAUCGGACUUAUGAUAGGUACAUGCAAAGGUUUGACCCUGGAUUUGGAUUUAAUGGAGGACCUUAUGCCAUGCAGCCAAUGUUUUCCCCUGCUGUUAACUAUAAUACUGAAUUUCCUCAACUUGGAUCAAGUCAUGGGCCUCAAAUUCCUAUUGAACACCAACCUAGACACAUUCCUCAACAUCUGCAGGCACCUUGGUCAGUGACAUCAGGACCUUCUGCAAUUAGCUAUGGUCAUCAUGAGGGUAUGAUGGGAUCAUUUAAUGCUAAUCAUGUUGGAGCACCCUCAACAUCAUCAGUUUACACACAUCCUUCCCAAUACUCUGUCCCCCCCUGUACUGGAAUGUCAUUUGCCCCUUCCCAUGAACAUGUUCAACCUUUUGCACAGGAGAGAUGAUUUUCCUGCACUCACUUGCAUAUGGAUUUACCCCCUUCUUUGUUUUAUAACAGACAUUGUUUGUAUGUUUCAUCAUUAUGCUGGUGUAUUGCUUCCUGACACUGGCUAUAUGCAGACUCCUCAGCAGCAGGCUGAAGCGAAUUCUGGCCUGGCCCGACCCCGCUAAGGGGCUUGGGCAAGCCUGCACCUGCCAGUGCCUCUUUGAGAUCAGAAAUAUGGAUGGUUGCAGUUGCAGCAUAGCUGGCAGGAGGAUUCAGGCAUGAAGAAUCGAGAUUGACCGGAGCAAUGCACCUCAUUCACCUAAAUUAGGCAGCCAGUUCCAGCUUUCUCAGCUCUGUUCAUGCUUUCACUUUAGGUGAAUGAAGUUUGUUUUCUAAGAUUCUCAUUCCUUGCUGAGGCUCCAGACGUCGCUGCUGAGCCAGGCAUUAGAAGAUGGCGCGGAGUGAAGCUUAGGCAUGUAAGUAGUUGAUCAAGAUUAAGGUCCAAGUAAGAGCACUCAAGUCCUUUUGCUUUGUAACAUUUUUUAUGGGAUGUCUAGAUGUGGGAAUUGCUUAUUUUUCGCUCUAACAGCGCCAUAGGCCACACUAUAUGCUAUUAUAGUAGAGGAACCUCAACUGCAGGCUUGUGAACCUGCUUUCUAUAAACAAGUGAAUCCAAUGGGAUAUUGGCCUCUUUAUUCUGAUUGUGGCAGGUAUAUGAUGACCGGUCAAGAGCUUUGUCACUGACUUCAUAUUAACAGUAUGUGUAUCACACGCCUCAUUGUUGGUCAUGUGUAAUAUAUCAAUUUAUUAUAACCCUGUUGGACAUGGUACUUGAAAUUUAUUGUAGAAAAUGAUUAUCAUACAUGGUAUAAGGAACUUUUCCGGU